CUAUAAACUUGAAGCUUGGGCCCAAAACAGAUCCUCUCCUCCAGCAGCAACAAACUUGCACGAUGCUAAUCGUGGAAUCGAAUUGAUUCGCUUCGACGCCGGCAGUUACAGUGGAAUUCCCAAUGUCGGGUUCGAUCAUGGAGAACCUCUUCCAGCGCACGCUGGAGGAUCUGAUCAAAGGCAUGCGCCUCCAACUCAUCGGUGAAUCCACCUUCAUCUCCAAGGCCACGGAGGAGAUCCGCCGCGAGAUCAAAUCCACCGACCAGCACACCAAAUCCACCGCCCUCCACAAACUCUCUUACCUCUCCGCCGUGCACGCCGUCGACAUGUCCUGGGCCUGCUUCCACGUGGUCGAGGUCAUGUCCUCCUCCAAGUUCGCGCACAAGAGGAUCGGUUACCACGCCGCGUCGCAGUCCUUCCACGACGACACUCCGGUGCUCCUCCUCAUCACCAACCAGCUCCGCAAGGACCUCUCCUCCACCAACGACUUCGAGGUAAGCCUCGCCCUCGAUUUGCUCUCGCGGAUCGCCACUCUCGACCUCGCUCGCGAUUUGACCCCCGAGGUUUUCAAAUUGCUCUCCACCGCUAGGGUUUUCGUUAGGAAGAAGGCAAUCGCCGUCGUUUUGAGGGUUUUCGAUAAGUACCCCGAUGCGGUUAGGGUUUGCUUCAAGCGUUUGGUUGAGAAUCUUGAAAGUUCUGAUCCUCAGGUUGUGACCGCCGUGGUCGGGGUUUUCUGCGAGCUGGCUGCCAAGGAUCCUAAGUCGUAUCUUCCCUUGGCGCCCGAGUUCUAUAGGAUUUUGGUUGAUUCUAAGAACAAUUGGGUUUUGAUUAAGGUGCUGAAGGUGUUUGCUAAGUUGGCUCCCUUGGAACCUAGAUUGGGGAAGAGAAUUGUUGAGCCUGUUUGUGACCAUAUGAGGCGGUCAGGGGCCAAGUCCUUGGUGUUUGAGUGUGUUAGGACUGUGCUCACUAGCUUGAGUGGUUAUGAGUCUGCUGUUAAGCUCGCUGUUGAGAAGGUUAGGGAGUUGUUGGUUGAUCAGGAUCCCAAUCUUAGGUAUCUUGGCCUGCAGGCGCUUUCGGUUGCUGCGCCCGAGCACUUGUGGGCGGUGAUGGAGAAUAAGGAGGCGGUGGUUAAGUCGUUGAGUGAUGAUGAUUCGAAUAUCAAGAUUGAGUCACUGCGAUUGUUGAUGGCCAUGGUGUCUGAGAGCCAUGUGGCAGAUAUCUCCAGGGUGUUGCUUAAUUAUGCAUUGAAGUCUGACCCAGAAUUUUGUAAUGAGAUUUUGGGUUCCAUUUUGAUGACGUGUUCUAGAAAUGUGUACGAGAUUGUUGUUGACUUUGAUUGGUAUGUGUCUCUUCUUGGAGAAAUGGCGAUGAUUCCUAAUUGCAUAAAGGGGGAAGAGAUUGAGACUCAGCUCGUUGAUAUUGGUAUGAGAGUUAAGGAUGCUAGAAUGCAGCUUGUUCGGGUUGGGCGUGAUCUGUUGAUUGACCCUGCAUUACUGGGUAAUGUGCACUUGCAUAGGAUAUUGUGUGCUGCUGCUUGGGUUGCUGGAGAGUACGUUGAGGUUGCGAGCAAUCCCUUUGAACUCAUGGAUGCACUCCUACAGCCUCGAACCAGUCUCUUGCCACCAUCAAUAAGAGCAGUUUAUAUUAAUUCUGCUCUUAAAAUUUUAAUUUUUUGCCUGGACUGUUACUUUCAUCAAAAUGAAGGUUCUGCAUCUUGGUAUUCUGAUCAUUUGGCUGGGGGACAGUCAGAUUUGUUUAGUGUAAAAAAUGACACUGAGGCUGCUGAAUUAGCAAUGUGUGAAGGAUCAAAUUAUGAACAUCAUGGGGAUUUUAACCCAAGGAAUGCAACUGAAUCUUCUGAGGAUCUUUCAGUUGAAAAUGAUGUAGAUAGAGUAGCCCCUCAUGGUCAAACAUCUACACCUCCUACUCUCUCAGUGAACAAAAAUUCCAUGCAUGAAUCUAUUGUAAACCUAUUGAAUCGAAUUGAAUUAAUUCUUGGCCCGCUAAUAGCAAACCAGGAUGUUGAAGUGCUGGAGAGAGCACGAAACAUACUUUCCCUUGUUCAGUUGGUUAAAGAAGAAAUAAUUGAUAAUUCAGUCCAGAGUGUGGUGGACAUUGUGAACAAGAAAGAUACUCGAGUUACGGCUAUUAUCAAUUUGUUGCGUGAUGCUUUUACUACGGAACUUGGUCCAGUCUCAACAAGUGCACAGGGAAGAAUUGUUUUGCCGGAUGGAUUAGUUCUUGAAGAAAAUCUAGAUGACUUACAAGCAAUAUGUGGUGAUAUUGAACUACCUUCAUCAAGUUUGUUUGGCGCAGGAGGUCCUCACCUUACCACUACUUUGGAUGCUUCUUCAUCUAAUCUUCUGAAAAAUGAAGAGUCAGGGCCAUUGAAGGAAUCCACAUCCUUGAUUGAGCACCGUAAGCGGCAUGGAUUAUAUUAUCUUCCUUCGGAGAAGAGUGAGAUUGUUUCAGAUGAGUAUCCUCCUGCAAAUGAUCCAAAGUCUAACAGUAAUAUAAAUGAUGAAGCUGCAGAGCUAGUCAAGCUGACAGAGCAAUCACUUCUUCUCAAGAAAAGGACAAACCAAACAAAGCCCAGGCCUGUAGUGGUGAGAUUGGAUGAUGGAGAUGUGGCACCAAUUACAGUCAAAAGACCAGAGCCAUUGGAUGAUUCUCUUUCUGGUGCCAUAAAAGAUGCUCUUCUAGGAAGCGAAACCAGACCAAGUAUGUCUGGAAGCAGUCCUUCUGAUAAGUCAUCAAGGAAGAAAGAGAAAAAGAAACUAAGCACACGUGUUCGAUCUGAAAUGAAGAAAAAUGUAGUUGAUGCAGAAAAUCCUGAACUUGAAAACCCAAAUUCAAGUAGCAAAAAUCAUGGUCAUAGUCAUACUAAAGAGAGAAGACACCAAGGAAAAGAAAAGAUUGUUGAGGGGGAAGAGCAUGAUCAGAGGGAAAAGAAAAAGAGUGGCCACCGCCAUGGGAGGCGAAAAACUCAUCAAAGAGCAAAGUCACCCUUAAAUGUGGUUUCUCAAACCCCAGUAAUUCCAGAUUUUCUUUUGUAGCAUUAAAGGAUUGAUUUUUAUUUCUCGUCACCUCUUGCUAUUGACUGAGGCUGUUUACAUGUUGUGUAUUCUUAGUGCUGAGCCCUUAAGUUAGUUCUGUAGAUUUUUCACAUUUUUUGUCGUUGUUUAUAAUUUCUUCAUACUAUAUUUCUUCCUUGUCUGUUUUUGGCCCUACAUGUCACAGAAUGAGCAUAUUUAAUAAGUAAAUUUUCAAGUUGGAUGUUGUUUGGCAGCCCUUUUCUA